GUAAGGGUGUCCUGCACAGGACCAAGGGUUAGCAAACCACCCUGGAAAUGCAGAUAAGAAAUAUGCUUUAGGGUCUCUCGAAGACAAUUGCAUAUUUUCACCGCGAAGGUGUUGCGCUUGUGGCAGAGAGAGAUGGCUGUUCAGGCUGCCAUCAUGAACUCGCAGUUCUUAAACUUCUGUUUUCCUGGCUCGGUCAUGGAUUAUGAGGUGGAAAAGGGUCUGGAAGGGGGUCUCCUGGGUGAGGUGGACUGCGGGGGUGACUUCAAGGAGACCACUAGAGACCUGCUCAGCUUCAUCGACUCGGCUUCCAGCAACAUCAAACUUGCACUGGACAAACCUGUCAAGUCCAAGAGGAAAGUCAACCACCGAAAGUACCUGCAGAAGCAGAUUAAGAGGUGCACGGGAAUCAUCUCGCCUGGGACUACACCGGUUCAGGAGCCAUGUAAGAGGCAAGGCUCGCCCCAAACCCCAACAAGCAACCUCUCCGGCAAAACGCCACCCAAGAAGGAUGGGAUGCAGGCCAGCCUGCAAAGCAAGAGUCUGGCUGCCCUCUUCAACUCGGCGAAGGAUGUACGAGGAGAGAGGGCCAAGAAGCCCCCGCUGCGGCAUCGAAACCUUCCUCCAUCCUUCUUCACGGAGCCGGCCAACAGCUCCAGAGUUACAUCUACUUCUGGCAUGUCGCUCAAAGACCUGGAGCGAGGGACUCCGGAAGCAGCAGAGUUCUUGGAGCUUCUUGGACCCGACUACAGCAACAUGGUCUCGGAGCAGGAUCUAUUCCACACCGCACCUAUCAGGAUUCAACAGGAGGUGACCGUGGGCCCCGAGCCAUAUGACUCCCACCAUUUUGUAAGCGGUGGGUUCUUGUACACUGAACCUUGGGGCACUUUUAGCGGCACCUCCAAAAAGUCAGGAGACAUGCGGACAGUACCAGUACAGCCAAAUCUUUAUACCCACACAGACCUUUCUGGCAGCGUGCCUGUGGAACAGAGCUCGCCAUGUGCACUUACCUUUUCAAACUUCUUCACAGACUGCUCCCCACCUCCAGUCUCCUACGAUCUGGUGAACGGAUACAACAGAGGGAGCUUUUCUUCUCUUUAAGCCAGAGAUUUUACAUUGGAACAAAAAGACUUAUGCAUUUUUCAGUACGGUAUUGACAAAGGACGCUACCUACAUGUAAUUGCCCUUUUAAUCCUAAAACAUUUGACUCAAAACCAGCUAAGGGUUUCUUGCUUGAUGGGAUAACAUGUAUACAGUAGCAACCUGUAAAAGGUUUACAAUCUUUUUAAGAACAUUUAAGGAUGAACUUUUCUCCAAUUAUUUAAUGAAAACAAAAUGCAUUUUACACAUUUCUAAUCAUAAAUUAACAAAACUAUGCUUCAGAAAUUUAUUUUAUUGUUCCCUGUAAAUAAAACAACAAAAACACUUUGGACCUCUUAUCCUUUAUCAUGCAUUGCUUGAUUUAUAAUAUUACAAAUUUGAAGCAAGAAUUUGUUACAGGGCUGAUCUCAGGGGGUUCUGCUUAUUUGUUUAACUAUAUCACUAAUGACUAAAUUGUCACAAAUAUACAGUGACCCCAUUAAGUAUUUGAACGCUUAAGCCACACUUAAGAUGUAUGAGUUUAUUUUCAUGAGAUAACAAAAAUAUCAAAUCAAGUGGUGUCUGAAAACAAAACAAACAAAAAAAAUGUUUUUUUCUCUCUCAUAGCUAACUUCACUCUGGUCAUUUUUGCUGUCAAUUCUAUUCACAGAGCUGUCCUAACAGAGUAACAGGUGUAGUUCAUCUAUAAACAUGAUCCACUAUGAUUUAAGAACCAUGUUUAAAGUCUUCACUUUAAACAUUACAUUGGUCGUUUUAUAUUUUAAAACCAAACAACCUUUUUUUUGGUCAAAUGUAUUGUGCUAAUGCUAUCUUUAAAAAUAAAAGCCACUUGGACUGAUAUUCUGUAUUUAAUACCACAACACUUAUAUAUUUUAAGUGUCUUUUAAGUGCAAAAAAAACAAAACAUUCAAAAACAUGUAACAUAGUGGCAAUCAAGACAAUCUGUCUACAUUUUAAUUUUUAUCACUGUUAAUCCAUAGCUUAUUGUUUGUUGACUGCUUAACAUGUUUGCACAUCUGAAACAACGACUUACAGUUCCCUGAAGGUAAAUGUCUGAAUUAAUUCUUUAGAUAUACAUAACAGAAAAAGUUCUAGGUCUGGAUUUUGGAGUUUCUUGGUAUUCUGAAAGACUGAGUGUAUAGAACAAGGGUGUACAGAGGAGAAGGAUGAGGUAAAAUUGUGUAAGCUAUAAUAUGAAUUGGUAAUAAUGUGUUAUAUUUGCAAUACACCAAUAAUCAUGUUCAUCAAAAAGGAGGCACAACAUGAAAGCAGGAACUUUACAACAUUGUUUUGUAACACUAUUGGUUUAUGAUUAGAAUUCAAUUAGGAAUCAGACAUUUCCAAUAGCACUGGGAAUCAACCGUUAAAAAAAACAAAAACAUUAUGCUAAUGCUUAUGCUUUUUUAUUUAGUUGUAGUUUUAAAUUAAUUUUAUGUGGGAAGCAUCAGCCAAGAGUAAAAAAUCAUGUUUGUAAUUUAUUAUGCUGAAACUAGUGCUUAUACUCUUCACAUUGUUUGCAGUACAGAAUCAAAAACACUCAGUUUGUCUGACAUUUACAUUUUCAAGAAAUGUCUGUUGCCUAGUAAUGAGUUGCACAACUAAAUCUAUGAACUUACAGGGACACUGGAUGAAAGUUUUCUUUGGUCAUA